AUGCCAACAGCAGAAAUGGUGUCACAAAGACCACUAGAUAUAUCGACAAUUCAAAAUAUGGAAAAUGAUGUCAAAUGGAUAACUCAUACUAAUUGCGCAAUACACGGACCUAGCUGCGGCGGUGGUUUUUCCAGAACCGUUGAAUCAAGCGUUUAUGUUAUUGACAUAAAAAACGUCAAUAGUUUCAGUGAACACUUUUUCGAUCGAUUUGACGGGCGUGCUAAAAGAGAUCUUAAAUCAGCUUUCAAGGGCUUGUUUGUUAGCAAAAGUUCUACCUGGAAACAGCAGUAUAUAGACAUUAAGUUUGGUGAAAGUAACGUUAACCAACCUAUUACUGGAGGGUAUUAUUUUAUGUGGGUUAGCGAUGAAAACGGCGGAACGCGUACAGUUAUAAUAGCAAUAGCUCAAAUUACUAAGUCACCUGCUGCUAAUCAUUAUUUUUUAAAAGAGUAUUACGCAGGAAAUGACUAUCGCCUUGAAAAUGCAUUAAUUAUACGGAUAUGA